CGGGAACAGAGAGUGUUGUGCUCACAGAUGAGGAAGUUUCAGUGAGUGUGAGGUUACAGUGAAACCCUGGGCUUUGUGUGAACACAUGCCUUGGAGGAAAAUGAAGGGAAGGGAUUUGUUGCAAAGUGCCCUCCCCUCCUCCAGCUCCCUCAGCACGGGGGCAGCGCGAGGCCCUUUGUCCGGAACAGCCGCGGCUCCUAUUGGCUGGCUCCCGACAGCUCGGCAUUCGGACUGUCCAAUAGACAGCGCUGGAGGACCGGAAGCGCACUGGUCCUCCAGCCAAUCAGAGCGUGUCUAUUGUGUGAAUGCGGAAGUUAUUGUUGCUGCUGCUGCUGCAAUAACAUUCCUCCAGGAGACACCAUCAGGGGGUUCUGUGUGUGUGGGCACUUCAGGCUCCAGUUCAUCAUCCAACCUGGAGGGACACAAGGACAACAGCACCGUGGAGAAGCCAUGGCAGUGUGGGGACUGUGGGAAACGGUACAGGUAUCCGUCUGACCUGGAGAUUCACCGACGCGUUCACACCGGGGAGAGGCCUUUCACCUGCUCUGACUGUGGGAAGCGUUUCACUCAUUUCUCCGACCUGCAGAGACACCGGAGAGUUCACACCGGGGAGAGGCCGUUCACUUGCUCCGAUUGUGGGAAGGGAUUCACUCAGUCUUCUUUGUUGGUGGCGCACAAGCGAGUCCACACCGGGGAGAGGCCGUUCAUCUGCUUCAAGUGUGGGAAGGGAUUCAGUCGAUCAUCCAGCCUGCUAAACCAUGAGCGAAUUCACACCGGGGAAUGGCCUUUCACCUGCUCCGAGUGCGGGAAGGGAUUCAGUGCAUCGUCCAGACUGCUGGCGCACCAGCAUGUUCACACCGGGGAGAGGCCGUUCACUUGCUCCGAGUGUGGGAAGGGAUUCACAGAGUCAUUCCACUUGCUGUCACAUCAGCGAGUGCACACCGGGGAGAGGCCGUUCACCUGCUCUGACUGCGGGAAGGGAUUUGUGCACUCCUCUUCCCUACUGGCACACAAGCUAGUUCACACCGGGGAGAAGCCAUUCACCUGCUUUGGGUGUGAUAAGCGAUUCAGUCGGUUAUCCUGCCUUCGAAAACAUGAGCGAAUUCACACCGGGGAGAGGCCAUUCACCUGCUCUGAGUGCGGGAAGGGAUUUGCUCACUCUGCUUCACUACUGUCACAUCAGAGAGUUCACACCGGGGAGCGGCCAUUCACCUGCUCUGUAUGUGGGAAGCGAUUCACUCGGUUAUGCAGCCUUCAGCAACACGAGCAAACCCACACCGGGCAAUGGCCGUUCACCUGCUCAGAGUGCGGGAAGGGAUGCAGUACGUUAUCCAGGCUGCUGACACACCAGCGGGUUCACACCGGGGAGAGGCCGUUCUCCUGCUCCGUGUGUGGAGAAACCUUCAGCGAUCCCUGCAGCAUGCGGAGGCACCGGCGAGUGCACACCCGGGAGAGGCCGUUCACCUGCUCUGAGUGUGGGAAGGGAUUUGCUCACUCCUGUAGCCUCAAGAAACACCAGCAACUUCACACCGGGGAGAGGCAGUUUACUUGCUCUGAGUGUGGGAAGGGAUUCACUCAGUCGGUCAGACUGUUGAUCCACCAGCGCAUUCACACCGGGGAGAGACCAUUCCCCUGCACCGUGUGUGGGAAAGCUUUCCGGGAUUCAUCUGCUGUGCUGAAACAUCAGCGAAUUCACACUGGGGAGAAGCCUUUCACCUGCUCUGUGUGUGGGAGGGGAUUUAUCCAGUCAUGCAAGCUGAGGCGACACCAGAAAGUUCAUCAGUGAAGACAGCAAUUGGACUCUGCUAUUCUUGCUGCUGAGAAUCACAUCCAGGACUGAACCAUGUUCAUUCGGACAGUGGGUGAAGUGGGAGGGUCAGUGUGAGUUUUUUAAAAAAUUCCAGUGGGGCUGAUGCUGUCCUAGCCUGGGAUUGCACGUUUCCUCUGAAACGAUCCCCAGAAGCUGAUGAGCAACAUUUACUUUAUCCUGGUUAGGAAACAGAGUUUGCCUCCCACUGCAGGUAGAUCAGAAGUCAACCCAGUGAGACCAUGACAUCGGGGAGCAGGAGUACACCAUUCAGCCCAUUGAGCCAAUUCCACCAUUUAAUACCAUCGAGGCUGAUCGUAUCUCGGCUUCAACUCCCCUUUCUUGCUUCCUCUCCAUAACCCUUCAACCCUAUUCUGAUCAAACAUCUGUCUAUCUCCUCCUUAAAUGUACUCCAUGUUCUAUCAUCCAGACCAGUCUGGGGAGUGAAUUUCAAGAAAUAAUGACCUAUUGAGUUAAGUAAUUUCUCCACAUCUGUUUGAAAUCUGCUACUCCUUAUCCAAUGACCUGUCAUUCCAAAUUUCCCCACAAGGUUAAAUAUCCUUCCCAUGCUGAGUAAACGGCUAAAGAUGAUGAGUCAACGGAUGUAUUCUUAUUUGCCAGCAUUUGACCCAUAUCCCUCUAAACCUUUCCAAUCUACAUAUCUGUCCUGAUGCCUUUUAAAUGGUCUAACUGUAUCCAUCUCUACCACUGCCUUCAUUGGUCUGUCCUUUGAAUACAGGAGUUGAGAAGUUAUGUUGAGGUUGUACAGGGUACUGGUGAGGCUUCAUCUGGAGUACUGUGUCCAGUUCUGGUCACCUGGUGUUUGGAAGGAUUUUGUCAAGCUGGAGAUGGGUUCAGAAGAGAUUUACCAGGAUGUUGCUUGAUUUUGAAGUUAUGAGUUAAAAAGUGUGGCUGGACAGGCUGAAACUUUUUUCACUGGAGUGUACAAGUGCUUGAGAGGCGAUCUGAUAGAAGUUGAUAGAAUGAUGAGAGGUAUAGAUAGAGUUGGUUGUUCUUGUGUUUUCCCGAGAAUGGGGGAAUUUCAGUUUGGGAGAGCGUUUUUAAGGUGAGAGAUUUAAAUAAGACCGGAAUGGCAAAUGUUUUGCUCAGAGGAUGGUUCGCGAGUGAGAAAGUGGUGGAUGCGGGUACAAUUACAACAUUUUUGUAACGUUGGAUUACAAUGUUUGGAUAGAUACAUGAAUCGGAAAGAUUAGAUCAGAUUAGAUUCCCUACAGUGUGGAAACAAGCCCUUCGGC